GCCGAGCCCGAGGGCUGCGGGUUCCCAAUCCCAUUUUUGGAUCCCAAUCCCAUUUUUGGGUCCCAAUCCCGUGUUUUUCCCCCCAGAACCGCCUGUGCCAUGUCCCUGUGCCGGCGCGGGGCCGCGGCCGAGCCCGAGGGCUGCGGGUUCCCGGCGGGCGCGGGGCUGAAGGUGCUGCUGCACUGGAGCGGGGACGAGGAGCGCGAGCGAUGCCGCGUGUACGGCCGGGGGGCCCUGAGCGCCGAGGAGAUCUGCAUCGACCUGGCACGGAGCCUGGGGAUCACCCCGCUCUGCUACAGCCUCUUCGCCCUCUACGACCCCCAGAGCCGGAUCUGGCUCCCUCCCAACCACCAGUUCCACGUCGGCAAGGACACCAGCAUCAACCUCAUCUUCAGGAUGAGGUUUUAUUUCCGGAACUGGCACGGGAUGAACGAGCAGGAGCCGGCGGUUUUCCGGAACGCGCCGCGCACGGGCGAUUCCCCCGAGGAGAAACCUCGCGGAGGGGCCUUGCUGGACAGGGCCUCCUUUGAGUACCUGUUUGAGCAGGGAAAAUUCGAGUUCAUCAACGACGUCGCCUCGCUGCGGGAUUUCCAGAGCGAGCCUGAAAUGCAGAGGUUCAAGAACGAGAGCCUGGGCAUGGCCGUGCUGCACCUGAGCCACCUCGCCCUCAGGAAGGGCCUUUCCCUGGAGGAGGUGGCCAGGAAGUACAGCUUCAAGGACUGCAUCCCGCGCUCCUUCCGCCGCCAGAUCCAGCAGCACAGCGCCCUGACGCGGUUCCGCAUGAAGAACGUCUUCCGCCGCUUCCUGCGGCGCUUCCAGCGGCACACGGUGGCCGCGGGCGGCCUGACGGCGCGGGACGUGAUGUACAAGUACCUGGCCACGCUGGAGCAGCUGGCUCCCCGCUUUGGGGCCGAGCUCUUCCCGGUGCUGGCGCUGGAGACGGCGGCCGAGGGCGAGAAGGGGCCACGCGCGGAGCCGGAGCGGCCGCGGGAGCGCCCGGUCACGCACCACGUGCUGGUCACCGGCACCGGCGGCAUCCAGUGGAGGCCGGCGCCCGCCGAGGGCACGGGAAGCCUCUCCCAGCGCGGGUACUUCGGGAGGAGGAGCAGGAGCAGGGAGCCGGAGGCGCAGCCGGCCGAGCCGCCCUGGUGCCGCUUCUGCGACUUCGGGGAAAUCACCCACGUGGUGGUCAAGGACUGCAGGAUCAGCAUCCACCGGCAGGACAACCAGUGCCUGGAGGUGCUGCUGCCCUGCCCCAGCAGCGCCCUGGCCCUGGUCUCGCUGGUGGAUGGGUAUUUCCGCCUGACAGCCGACUCCAGCCAUUACCUGUGCCACGACGUGGCCCCGCCGCGGCUGCUCCUGAGCAUCCACAACGGCAUCCACGGGCCCAUGCAGGAGGAGUUUGUUUUUGCCAAGCUGCGCCGGGAGGAGCCGGAGGAAGGGCUCUACAUCCUCCGCUGGAGCGUCCUGGAUUUCAACCGCAUGAUCCUGUCCGUGCUCAAGAGGGGCCACCAGCAGGCUCCUGGCGCGCCGGGAGCCUUCAAGUUCCGUCAGUUCCGGAUCCAGAAGAAGGGAGACUCCUUCGUGCUGGAGGGCUGGGAGCGCGAGUUCCCCUCCCUGCGGGAGCUCCUGGACGUGCUCAAGGGCUGCACCCUCCGAUCCGGCGAGGAGAACUUCACGGUCAGGAGGUGCUGCCCGCCCAAGCCAGGAGAGAUCUCAGACCUGCUGAUCACGCGGAAGGCCAAGGACAACGGGAAGCAGAUCCUGAACCUCACCCAGCUCAGCUUCCACCAGAUCCGCAAGAACGAGAUCACCCAGAGAGCCCACCUGGGCCAGGGCACCCGGACCAACAUCUACGACGGGGUCCUGAGCGUCUGCGGGGGCUCCGGGAACGACGACGAGGCCGAGUAUUUCUGCACGGAGCAGAACAACAACGGGCGGGAGAUGCACGUGGUGCUCAAAGUGCUGGACCCCAGCCACAGGGACAUCGCCCUGGCGUUCUUCGAGAGCGCCAGCCUGAUGUCGCAGGUGUCCCACGUGCACCUGGCCUUCGUGCACGGCGUCUGCGUGCGCGGCUCCGAGAACAUCAUGGUGGAGGAGUUCGUGGAGCACGGGCCCCUGGACGUACUGUUGCGCAAGGAGAAGGGCCGGAUCUCCGUGGGCUGGAAAAUCACCGUGGCCAAACAGCUGGGCAGUGCCCUGAGCUACCUGGAGGAUAAGAACCUGGUGCAUGGGAAUGUGUGUGCCAAGAACAUCCUGCUGGCCAGGAAGGGGCUGGAGGAUGGAUCCGUGCCCUUCGUGAAGCUCAGCGACCCCGGGGUCAGCUUCACCGUGCUCUCCCGGGAAGAGCGCGUGGACAGGAUUCCCUGGAUCGCCCCGGAGUGCAUCCGGGAUGUGGGGAGCCUCAGCACGGCCUCGGACAAGUGGAGUUUUGGGACAACGCUCCUGGAAAUCUGCUUCGAUGCCGACGUCCCGCUGAAGGAGCGCACUCCUCCGAGGUUUUCUGUGUUUUUCUCGCAGAAGGAGCGUUUCUACGAGAAGAGGCACCGGCUGCCGGAGCCUUCGUGCCGGGAAUUGGCCUCGCUGAUCUCCCGGUGCCUCAACUACACCCCGGUGGAGCGGCCGUCCUUCCGCACCGUGCUGAGGGAGCUGACCCGGCUGCAGCCGCACCACCUCGUGGAUGUCACGUCGGUGAAUCCCGACUUCCCGGUGUCGGAUCCCACCGUCUUCCAGAAGCGGUACCUGAAGAAAAUCCGGGAGCUGGGCUGAGGGCCACUUUGGAAGGUGAGCCUGUGCUGCUACGACCCCACCAACGACGGCACCGGCGAGAUGGUGGCCGUGAAAUCCCUGAAAUCUGGGAGCAGCCCGCAGCUCCUGAGCUCCUGGAAGAGGGAGAUCCAGAUCCUGAAGACGCUGUACCACGAGAACAUCGUCAAGUACAAGGGCUGCUGCAGCGAGCAGGGGGACAAGGUGGUGCAGCUGAUCAUGGAGUACGUCCCGCUGGGAAGCCUCCGGGAAUUCCUGCCCAAGCACCCCCUGAGCCUGUCCCACCUCCUGCUCUUCGCCCAGCAGAUCUGCGAGGGCAUGGCCUACCUGCACUCCCUGCACUACAUCCACCGGGACCUGGCCGCCAGGAACGUGCUGCUGGAGAACGAGCACGUGGUGAAAAUCGGGGAUUUCGGGCUGGCCAAGGCCGUCCCCGAGGGCCACGACUACUACAGGGUGCGGGAGGACGGCGACAGCCCCGUGUUCUGGUACGCCCCGGAGUGCCUCAAGGAGUGCAAGUUCUACUACGCCUCGGACGUGUGGUCCUUUGGGGUGACCCUCUACGAGCUCCUGACGCGCUGUGACCCCGGGAGCAGCCCCCCGGACCGUGAGUCCCGGGGCAAUUUGGGGAAAUUCCUGGAGAUGAUCGGGGCCACGCAGGGGCAGAUGACGGUGCUGAGGCUGAUUGAGCUCCUGGAGAGGGGGAAGAGGCUCCCCAUGCCCAGGGAUUGUCCCUGCGAGGUUUACCGGCUGAUGAAGAACUGCUAGGCCGAGGCCUCGUUCCGCCCGGCCUUCCCCAACCUCGUGCCCAUCCUGAGGAGCUUCCAGGAGAAAUACCGGGCUCAGGCCCCCUCUGUCUUCAACCUCUGCUGAGGGGGGACCCCAAAAUCCUGUGGGGUUGGAGGGGAGAAACCCCCCAAAAAAUCCCAUGGGAUAGGGGGAGAAAAAUCCCCAAAAAAAUCCCAUGGGAUGAGGGGGGGAAACACCCAGAAAAUCCUAUGAGAUGGGGGGGAGAAAUCCUCAAAAAUUCCCAUAGAAUAGGGGGGAAAAAAACCCUAAAAAAUCCAUGGAAUGGGGAGGGGAGAAACCCAAAAAAAUCCCAUAGAUGGGAAGAAAGCCCCAAAAAAUCCCCUGGAAUGUGGGGGGGGGGGGCUAAUCCCCAAAAAAAUUCCAUGGAAGGGGGGAGAAAAAACUCCAAAAAAAAAAUCAUGGAAGGGGUAAAGAACCCAAAAAAGAAAUUCCAUGGAAGAUGGGGAAAAACCCCCCAAAAAAAUUUCAUGGAACGGGGGAAAAAACCCCCAAAAAAAUCUAUGGAAUGGGGGAAAAAAAACCCCAAAAAAUUUCAUGGAAGGGGGGAAAAAACCCCAAAAAAGUCCAUGAAAUGGGAAAAAAAAAACCCCAAAAAAUCAGGAAAUGGAAGGAAAAAAACCCCAAAUUUCCAUGGGAAGAGGGGGGACCCCCAAUUCCAGGCCCAGCCCCUCCAAAAUUCCUGAUUUUUCCCCCCCUCCCACCGAACACUGUGAAGGAGCUCUGGGGCCGGAGGUUUUGGGUUGAAAAGGGGGGAUUUGUGCAUUUCUGGAAUUGUUGCCUUAUUCCCAGCCCCAUCCUCUCCCCCCAGUUUGGGGCUGGGGUCAUUUGUGGGGGGUGGGAGGGGCUGGAUCUCCUUCCUGCCCCCCAGGAUUUGGGGCCUUUUCCCAAAAAAAAAACCCCAAAAAUGGGAAUUCCAUGAAAAAAAAAAAAACCAAACCAAACCUGGCACUUUAUUGGGAUUUUGGGGAAUUCCCAAAAUUUCCCUUAUUUAUUGCCUGCUGUGCCCUCCCCCCAGGAGCUGGGGGGGAAUUGGGGGAAAUCCCCUGGAAUUUGGGGCGGGGGUUUGGGAUUUGGGGGGAAUCGCUGGGAUUUUGGGGGAUCCAAAGGGUCCCUGAAUAAAGGAUGGA